UGAAUGACAAUAAACGUAAAACAUAUUUUAAAUUAAAUUAUAACUGUGCGUUAUUUACCAGCGCAAGUCACAUGCUGGGAAAAAGAAAAGCAGUAGCAGUGUGCGGUCCUCGUGUGCUGCCUGCGGCCCGAUAUGCUGCCCGCUGCCGCUACGGCCACCCUAGUGUGUACUGCGUAUUUUGUGCAACUCUCUUAACUUUUGUUUGGCGCUUCUCAUUCGUUCAACUUACAUCAUGGAAGCUUUAAAGCACUUCGAAGAGCGAGUGAAGAUGUCAACCAGCAUGUAUGCUGUGUACAAACAAACUCAUCCUCCUACCGGCGUGGAGCAUUCAGUGUACUGCAAUUUCUACAACCUACGCGAAAGAAGCCUCGUCGUUGCUGGUUCUUCUGUUCUGAAAAUAUUUCGCCUCGUUCCUGAAAACGACUAUGCUGAACAGAAGCACCGAGUGAAGUUGGAGCACACACACACAUUUCAUUUGUUUGGUAAUGUGAUUUGUGUGGAAGCUGUUCGUUUGUCGGCUGCAAGAGACACACUGCUUCUGUGCUUCAGAGAUGCCAAGCUAUCCUUGGUAGAAUAUGAUCCUAGCACUCAUGACUUGAAGACUGUGUGCAUCAAGUCAUUUGAAAAAGAAGAGUUCAAGGGUGGCUAUGUGCAAACUGCACAGUUGCCCAUGAUUCGUGUGGAUCCAUGCAAUCGUUGUGCAGCCAUGCUGAUCUUCAGCCGAACAGUAGCAAUAAUUCCUUUCCGGAAGGAUGCAGCAACUGAUGAACCAGACUCCGGCAUCGCCUUUGGAAACAAGCCUCCCUUGCUGGACUGGUAUCCAGUAGCACUGACAGAACUGGAGGAGAAGGUGAACAAUGUUAUUGACAUGCAGUUUCUACAUGGCUACUAUGAGCCCACAUUACUCAUCUUGUAUGAGCCUUUACGGACUUGGCCAGGGCGGAUUGCCAUCCGGCAGGACACAUGCUGUAUUCUGGCACUUUCAUUGAACUUGCAACAGCGAGUACACCCAGUCAUCUGGUCUUUCACAAACCUUCCCUUUGACUGCCUCCGACUACUGGCUGUACCCAGACCACUUGGUGGCGUGUUGAUCAUGGCUGUUGACUCCUUGCUCUACCUAAACCAGAGUGUACCACCUUAUGGUGUUUCACUCAAUUCUUUCACAGACUUCAGUACUUCAUUUCCACUGAAGCCUCAAGAGGGAUUGAAGAUUUCUUUGGACUGUGCUCAGGCAUGUUUUCUGAGCUAUGACCGGCUUGUACUCUCACUUAAAGGAGGUGAACUUUAUGUGCUAACACUAUUCAAUGAUGGCAUGAGGAGUGUCAGGAACUUCUACUUUGACAAGGCGGCUGCCAGUGUGCUCACAACAAGUAUGACCCUUUGUGAAGAUGGCUAUCUUUUUCUUGGUUCGCGACUUGGGAACUCCUUACUACUCCAUUACACUGAGAAGGCUGCUGAAGUGGACGACAUUGCAAAACGAGAUGAAAAAACUGAGGGCGACGUCAAUGACCCUCCUUCAAAAAAGAAAAGAAUGGAUGCCAUUGGGGACUGGAUGGCUUCUGAUGUUGCACUUAUUGAUCCGGAUGAAUUGGAAGUGUAUGGAAGUGAAACGAUGGCAACAAAGCAACUGACAUCAUACACUUUCGAGGUGUGUGACAGUUUGAUCAAUAUUGGACCAUGUGGAAAAAUAUGUAUGGGUGAACCGGCCUUUCUCUCUGAAGAGUUUGCUCAGAACACGGAUCCAGAUCUGGAGCUAGUCACUACUGCUGGUUAUGGAAAAAAUGGAGCCCUUUGUGUAUUACAGCGCUCAGUUCGGCCCCAAGUGGUGACAACUUUUGAGCUGCCAGGCUGCGUGCAUAUGUGGACUGUCAUGGGCCCUCCUGUGGAGAAAAAGCUACAAGAAAAAAAAGAAGUGUCAGAUGACCCUGCCUCAGAAGACAAGGCUGCAGAGCAGCCUUUGGCCAACACACAUGCCUUUUUGAUCCUCAGCAGGGCAGACAGCAGUAUGAUUCUUCAGACUGACCAGGAGAUAAAUGAGCUUGACCAUAGUGGCUUCAGCACGCAAAACCCUACUGUAUUUGCAGGCAAUCUUGGUGAUGGGCGCUAUGUACUACAGGUUUGUCCAAUGGGGGUGCGCCUUUUAGAUGGUACCAGGCAGCUGCAGCACAUUCCUUUGGAUGUGGGCUCAUCCAUUGUUGCUGGUUCCCUGGCUGACCCUCAUGUCAUCAUACGCAGUGCUGAAGGCCUCGUCAUUCAUCUGACAUUGCGCGGAGACCCUGCUGCAGGUUGUCGCCUGGCUGUUCUGCGGCCUCAGCUUACAGCAGUGAAAGCAAAGAUUUUGAGCAUAUGUGUGUACAAGGAUGUGAGUGGUCUUUUUACCACUCAAUAUCGAGAACCAGAUGAGCCAGUCAAGCCACAGAAACCUAUUCCUCCCCCAAAGGAGUCCAUUGACAUAUCAUCAAAUGGUCUUCUUGAUGAUGAAGAUGAACUGCUUUAUGGUGAAUCUGAGGAAAAUCCUAGUCACAAGGAACCAGUUCGCAUGACAUCCCAGGAAGCUCCCUCUGAUGAGGAAUCCAUGUUUGAAAUAAAGGACGUGGCACCAACUUAUUGGUUGUUUGUAGCUAGGGAAAAUGGUGUCUUAGAGAUAUACUCUCUUCCUGAAUACAAGCUGUGCUUCCUUGUGAAAAAUUUUCCAAUGGGACAGAAGGUGCUUGUGGAUUCCGUACAGAUGACUGCCCCAUCUGGCACAAAGUCAUCUGAAAAGCUUUCGGAUAUGUCUCAUGAGUCAAUGCCAGUAGUUCAUGAAAUCUUGGUCGUGGGACUAGGAAUCAGACACUCUAGACCUCUUCUUCUUGCCAGGGUAGAUGAAGACCUGCUCAUCUACGAAGCUUUUCCUUUUUAUGAAACACAGAGGGAAGGUCAUCUAAAACUUCGGUUCAAGAAGAUGUCACAUGACAUAUUCUUGAGAGAACGAAAGUACAAGACACAGAAGCCUGAAAAUGAAGAGGAGGAAAAGGCUUUUCAAAGUCGACAGUGGCUCCAUCCAUUUUCUGACAUCUCUGGUUACUCUGGGGUAUUUCUUUGUGGCUAUCGGCCAUACUGGUUGUUCAUGAGCUCACGUGGAGAGUUGCGCUGUCAUCCAAUGUUUGUGGAUGGUCCCAUCCACUGCUUUGCCCCAUUUCACAAUGUCAACUGCCCUAAGGGCUUUCUCCACUUUAACAAGCAGGGAGAGCUGCGAAUCAGUACACUUCCAACACACCUGACUUAUGAUGCCCCAUGGCCAGUGAGGAAGGUGCCUCUACGCUGCACGCCACAUUUUGUCAACUACCAUGUGGACAGCAAGACCUACUGUGUUGUCACAAGCCAGCCAGACCCUUGUAAUCACUUGGUCCGAUUCACAGGAGACGAAAAAGAGUAUGAGCUACUGGAACGAGAUGCCCGGUACAUAUUUCCAACAAUGGACAAGUUUUCGCUACAGCUACUGUCGCCAGUCAGCUGGGAGACAAUCCCUAACACCCGCGUAGAUCUGGACGAGUGGGAGCACUUGACAUGCCUAAAAAAUGUCAUGCUUUCCUCUGAGGGGACAACCACAGGCAUGAAAGGUUACUUGGCCCUAGGCACCAACUACUGCUAUGGAGAGGAUGUCACCAGCCGUGGCAGGAUUAUCAUUCUGGACAUCAUUGAUGUUGUUCCAGAGCCAGGGCAACCACUGACAAAAAACAAGAUAAAGAUUGUGUAUAGCAAGGAGCAGAAAGGUCCUGUGACAGCUUUGUCACAAGUUGUGGGCUUCCUGCUGAGUGCCAUUGGUCAGAAGAUAUACAUCUGGCAGCUUAAAGACAAUGAAUUGGUUGGUGUGGCAUUCAUUGACACACAAAUCUACAUCCACUCUGUGGUGACAGUGAAGAACUUGAUACUGGUAGGGGAUGUAUUCAAGUCUGUUUCACUACUGAGGUACCAAGAAGCAUCAAGAACACUUUCCCUUGUCAGCAGAGAUGUAAGGCCAUUGGAAGUUUACGCUGUGGAAUUCUUCAUAGAUAACACUCAGAUGAGCUUCCUGGUGACAGAUGCCGAGCGCAACCUGCUUCUGUACAUGUACCAGCCUGAAUCACGGGAAAGCUGUGGUGGGCAACGUUUGCUGAGAAGAGGAGACUUUCAUGUGGGCUCGCCUGUUGUAUCCAUGUUUCGCAUCAAAUGCCGCAUGGGAGACAUUGCGAAAUAUGAUCGCCGAGCAGCAGCCAUAGUGGAUGGCCGGCACAUCACAAUGUUAGCAACCCUUGAUGGCAGUCUUGGCUAUGUUCUGCCUGUGCCAGAGAAAACGUACCGAAGACUGCUAAUGCUGCAGAAUGUGCUGGUCACGAACAUCCCCCAUUAUGCUGGUCUCAACCCAAAGGCAUACAGAAUGUACCACUCUCAGAGGCGCUUUCUUGGAAAUCCUCACAAAAAUAUUUUGGAUGGUGAACUCAUAUGGAAGUUCAUGCACUUGUCUUUCAUGGAGCGCAGUGAGCUGUCAAAAAAGAUUGGCACCACUGUCACACAGAUCACCGAUGACCUUCUAGAAAUUGAAACCUACACUGCACAUUUUUAAGUUGUAUGGAGUCAUAUGUGGUCUCUUGUAAAUAGCCAUUCACCUUACAUUUCCAUCCUUAGCAUUUGCCAUUAAAACUGCUCGAUUUUA